AUGAGUUUUUUAGGGUUUGGCCAGAGUGCUGAAAUUGAUAUUGUCUUAGAUGGCCAAGAAAGCAGAAAAACUGCUGAAAUUAAGACUGAAGAUGGUAAAAAAGAAAGACAUUUCCUUUACUAUGAUGGUGAGACGGUAUCCGGUAAGGUGAAUGUAACCCUAAAGAAGAGUGGAAACAAACUGGAACAUCAGGGAAUCAAAAUAGAGUUCAUAGGUCAAAUAGAAUUAUAUUAUGACCGUGGUAAUCACCAUGAGUUCACAUCUUUGGUCAAGGAACUGGCUCGACCUGGUAUCCUCACACAGAGCACCAGCUAUAAUUUUGAGUUUCUGCAAGUGGAGAAACCUUAUGAAUCUUACACAGGAGUCAAUGUUAGGUUAAGAUAUUUUCUACGUGUUACUAUAGUGAAAAGAAUCACCGAUGUAGUGAAAGAGCAAGACAUCAUUGUACAUACCUUGUCACAAUAUCCAGAUAUGAACAACAGCAUUAAGAUGGAAGUUGGCAUAGAAGAUUGUUUGCAUAUAGAAUUUGAAUAUAACAAAUCCAAGUAUCAUUUGAAAGAUGUGAUAGUCGGAAAAAUCUACUUCCUACUGGUUCGAAUAAAAAUCAAGCAUAUGGAAAUUCAAAUCAUCAAGAGAGAAACAACAGGAACAGGUCCAAAUACAUAUAUUGAAAAUGAAACAAUAGCGAAAUAUGAGAUCAUGGAUGGUGCUCCUGUCAGAGGUGAAUCUAUACCUAUUCGUCUCUUCUUAAGUGGUUACGACCUAACUCCGACUAUGAGAGACAUCAAUAAGAAAUUCUCUGUCCGUUAUUAUCUUAACUUAGUUCUCGUGGAUGAGGAAGAACGCAGGUAUUUCAAACAGCAGGAAAUUACCAUAUUUCGAAAAGCUGACAAAGUACGCAAGAGUAUCCAGGCCACUCUUCAAGCCCAACAUGCCACAAUGCAGCGGAUGACUGCACGCCGAGAGGCUGAGGCCAACAAGGACAAUAGCAGUGAUGACCAGUAA